AUUACCGAUGCAUGGCUCAUCACAAACUUCGUAUACAACCACACCUGGUUAUUAGCCGCAAUGCGCGAAAGGUGUGGUGGGGAUAUAGUGCGCCCCGAGGCGACGCGGUUUGCCACAAAUUAUAUUGCCUUAAGUAGCCUUCUUAAACACAAACAGGGGUUACGAGAGCUUUUCGCCUCUCAUGAUUACGAAGAAUGGAAAAAGAGGUUGACGAAAGCGACCUACCACAUCGAGGAACUACUGCUGGAAAAUUCAUUUUGGGAUCGAAUGCACGUUGUUGUGGGUAUUCUAGAGCCCAUUUAUGUGGUGUUGAGGAUGGUGGACAAUGAGACAAAUCCAUCGAUGGGGUCACUGUAUCCGUCCAUACAGCUGAUGAAAGAGGCCAUCAUGGUUAAAGCUCCCAAUGCGUAUAAUUGGGUGCAUGCAAUAAUAGACAACCAUUGGGAAAAGACGCUUUCUCACCCACUACAUCAGGCCGCGUAUUUCUUGAAUCCCAAAUACCACUACAGCCGGAAUCUCUUCAAAGAUAAUUCCUUAAAGAGGGCUGUAAAUGAGGUAUACGAUCACUUAUUCUCCGACUGUCAGGGGAAAGGCACCUUUGGUAGUGAGGUAAAUAUGUUCUGCACUUACAUUCUCAUUAUCUUCAUCUCAACCAUUCAAUACUUAUUCUGGGUUGCUAUACGCCAUCAACAGAUUGUUAAAUUUCGCAACGCGGUUGGAAUGUUUGGGUGCCACCUUGCAGUGAAGUCAAGGAACACCAUGAUGGCAUGCGAAUGGUGGUCCAUGUAUGGGACUGACUGUGAGACGUUACAAUGACUGGCUAUCCGUGUGCUUGCACAGACGGUGUCCUCGUCACCCUGUGAAAGGAAUUGGAGUACAUUCUCCCUCAUCCAUACAAAUAAACGUAAUAGACUAAGGUAUGAGAGGCUUCAGAAGCUAGUGUAUUGUCACUACAAUAUGAAGUUACGAGAGAGGCUGCUCUACACGGAAGGAAGAAGAAAAGCGUGGGAAGACCCACUGGACCUGAUGACGGUCGGACAACAUGCAUAUGCUGAGGAUGUGGAGGGUGACCCAGUUUACCAAUGGGUUAGGUCAGAUGACUUGGAUACCUCAGAUGGGCGAUCAGAGCCACAUGUUGCGGCGGAAGCAGAGACACAAGGGAUUGAUGUUAAUGCACAUGUGGAGCAACAAAGGUCUCCUGUUAAGGCAUUCGACCCAUUGACGAGGAGACCGGAGGGCAGCCCGUGGCAGUC